AUGACCAAGAUGGCAGGGCUCUUCCGGCCCAAGAAGCUCGACCUCUCUGGCUUCACGAAUACCCGCCUGAUCCGCGACCACAACAAGCGCAUGGCCUUUGAACAGACCGAGCCCGAACGCCAAGCUCUCCGCUACAUGAUCCGCAAUACUUCCCUCCCUGGCCGAGUCCGCGCUCAGGCUCAGCUUCAAUUGUCUCAGAUGCACGCCUACACUCGUCCUACGCAGAUUAAGAACCGCUGUGUCGAGUCUGGUACUGCUCGCAGUGUUUUCCGCGAUUUCAGAAUUAACAGAUACCAAUUCCGUAUGCAGGCUCUUGCUGGUGAACUCCCUGGUGUCAAGAAGGCGUCUUGGUAA